AUGCCAGCGGAGCUGCAAUCGGAGUUGAUGGAAAAACCAAUCCCAACAGAUUCAGCCGGAAGACCUCUUGGAGAAGACGGUUCUCCUCUUCCAACUGACGCCUCGGGCAACUUCGUCAACGUCCCUUCGGCGACUGAAACGAGCAAAGUCUUGCCAACUGAUGAAUCUGGAAACGUCAUCUAUCCUAUCACCAAGCCCGAUGGAUCUCCACUUCCAACUGACGCCAGUGGAAACUUCGUCACAGAAGAAGGCAUAAUUGUUGAGAAGGACGACGAAGGCAAACCUCUCGGUCCUGACGGCCAAGUACUGCCAACAGACUCUGCUGGCAACUACAUCUUCCCUAUCAUUGGUCCAGAUGGCAGCGUCUUGCCAACAGAUGAGAACAAGAAGCCAGUUUAUCCUGUAGUCGGACCUGAUGGAACUCCUCUGCCGACAGAUGCCAGCGGAGCUGCAAUCGGAGUUGAUGGAAAACCAAUCCCAACAGAUUCAGCCGGAAGACCUCUUGGAGAAGACGGUUCUCCUCUUCCAACUGACGCCUCGGGCAACUUCGUCAACGUCCCUUCGGCGACUGAAACGAGCAAAGUCUUGCCAACUGAUGAAUCUGGAAACGUCAUCUAUCCUAUCACCAAGCCCGAUGGAUCUCCACUUCCAACUGACGCCAGUGGAAACUUCGUCACAGAAGAAGGCAUAAUUGUUGAGAAGGACGACGAAGGCAAACCACUCGGCCCUGACGGUCAAGUACUGCCAACAGACUCUGCUGGAAACUACAUCUUCCCUAUCAUUGGUCCAGAUGGCAGCGUCUUGCCAACUGACGAGAACAAAAAGACAGUUUAUCCUGUAGUCGGACCUGAUGGAACUCCUUUGCCGACAGAUGCCAGCGGAGCUGCAAUCGGAGUUGAUGGAAAACCAAUUCCCACAGAUUCAGCGGGACGACCGCUGGGCGAAGAUGGUUCUCCGCUUCCAACUGACGCUUCGAGCAACUACGUCAAUGUUCCUUCUGCGACUGAAACAAGCAAAGUUCUGCCAACUGAUGAAUCUGGAAACGUCAUCUAUCCUAUCACCAAGCCUGACGGAUCUCCUCUUCCAACUGACGCCAGUGGAAACUUCGUCACAGAAGAAGGCACAAUUGUUGAGAAGGACGACGAAGGCAAACCUCUCGGCCCUGACGGCCAAGUACUGCCAACAGACUCUGCUGGAAACUACAUCUUCCCUAUCAUUGGUCCAGAUGGCAGCGUCUUGGCAACAGAUGAGAACAAGAAGCCAAUCUAUCCUGUAGUCGGACCGGAUGGAACUCCUCUGCCUACAGAUGCCAGUGGAGCUGCGAUCGGAGUUGAUGGAAAACCAAUUCCCACAGAUUCAGCGGGACGACCGCUGGGCGAAGAUGGUUCCCCGCUUCCAACUGACGCUUCGGGCAACUACGUCAACGUUCCUUCUGCGACUGAAACAAGCAAAGUUCUGCCAACUGAUGAAUCUGGAAACGUCAUCUAUCCUAUCACCAAGCCGGAUGGAUCUCCACUUCCAACUGACGCCAGUGGAAACUUCGUCACAGAAGAAGGCACAAUUGUUGAGAAGGACGACGAAGGCAAACCUCUCGGCCCUGACGGCCAAGUACUGCCAACAGACUCUGCUGGAAACUACAUCUUCCCUAUCAUUGGUCCAGAUGGCAGCGUCUUGCCAACAGAUGAGAACAAGAAGCCAAUCUAUCCUGUAGUCGGACCGGAUGGAACUCCUCUGCCUACAGAUGCCAGUGGAGCUGCGAUCGGAGUUGAUGGAAAACCAAUUCCCACAGAUUCAGCGGGACGACCGCUGGGCGAAGAUGGUUCCCCGCUUCCAACUGACGCCUCGGGCAACUUCGUCAACGUCCCUUCGGCGACUGAAACGAGCAAAGUCUUGCCAACUGAUGAAUCUGGAAACGUCAUCUAUCCUAUCACCAAGCCCGAUGGAUCUCCUCUUCCAACUGACGCCAGUGGAAACUUCGUCACAGAAGAAGGCAUAAUUGUUGAGAAGGACGACGAAGGCAAACCUCUCGGUCCUGACGGCCAAGUACUGCCAACAGACUCUGCUGGCAACUACAUCUUCCCUAUCAUUGGUCCAGAUGGCAGCGUCUUGCCAACAGAUGAGAACAAGAAGCCAGUUUAUCCUGUAGUCGGACCUGAUGGAACUCCUUUGCCGACAGAUGCCAGCGGAGCUGCAAUCGGAGUUGAUGGAAAACCAAUCCCAACAGAUUCAGCCGGAAGACCUCUUGGAGAAGACGGUUCUCCUCUUCCAACUGACGCCUCGGGCAACUUCGUCAACGUCCCUUCGGCGACUGAAACGAGCAAAGUCUUGCCAACUGAUGAAUCUGGAAACGUCAUCUAUCCUAUCACCAAGCCCGAUGGAUCUCCUCUUCCAACUGACGCCAGUGGAAACUUCGUCACAGAAGAAGGCACAAUUGUGGAGAAAGACGACGAAGGAAAACCACUCGGCCCUGACGGUCAAGUACUGCCAACAGACUCUGCUGGAAACUACAUCUUCCCUAUCAUUGGUCCAGAUGGCAGCGUCUUGCCAACUGACGAGAACAAGAAGCCAAUCUAUCCUGUAGUCGGACCGGAUGGAACUCCUCUGCCUACAGAUGCCAGUGGAGCUGCGAUCGGAGUUGAUGGAAAACCAAUUCCCACAGAUUCAGCGGGACGACCGCUGGGCGAAGAUGGUUCCCCGCUUCCAACUGACGCUUCGGGCAACUACGUCAACGUUCCUUCUGCGACUGAAACAAGCAAAGUUCUGCCAACUGAUGAAUCUGGAAACGUCAUCUAUCCUAUCACCAAGCCGGAUGGAUCUCCACUUCCAACUGACGCCAGUGGAAACUUCGUCACAGAAGAAGGCACAAUUGUUGAGAAGGACGACGAAGGCAAACCUCUCGGCCCUGACGGCCAAGUACUGCCAACAGACUCUGCUGGAAACUACAUCUUCCCUAUCAUUGGUCCAGAUGGCAGCGUCUUGCCAACUGACGAGAACAAAAAGCCAAUUUAUCCUGUAGUCGGACCUGAUGGAACUCCUUUGCCGACAGACGCCAGCGGAGCUGCAAUCGGAGUUGAUGGAAAACCAAUCCCAACAGAUUCAGCCGGAAGACCUCUUGGAGAAGACGGUUCUCCUUUUCCAACUGACGCUUCGGGCAACUUCGUGACUAUUCCGAGCGAAGGUGGAGCAACGAGACCAUUGCCCACUGACGAAGCUGGCAACGUGAUCUACCCCGUCGUCUCAUCUGACGGCGCUCUCCUACCAACUGAUUCUGCUGGUAAUUUUAUCGAUCACGAAGGCGAGGUUAUAGAAAAAGAUGAAGACGGUAGACCGAAAGGACCAACUGGAGAAUUAUUACCAACUGACGAUGCAGGCCGUUUUGUCUACCCACUUACUUCAAAGAAUUGCGAAUUGUCGUCUUCUUUAUCAGAUGUCGUCUUCGUAGUGAACACCGCGAGCGACAAAGAGGCUUCCUUCGCAGCAGGAAAGAAGUUGGCGAUGGAUUUCGCCGCGAAAAUGGAUUUAUCACCAGACGUUUUUCGACUUGCUUACGUGGCGUUCGGCGACGACGUUGCUGUAGUCCUCCCACUUGGUGGCUAUCAAGAAAAAGAGCAUAUGGAGAAGAUUCUCAACGACUUCACGAUCGAGCCAUCUACAGGUCAGGGCGCCGUCGACGUCGCCGAAUCUGUCAAGCAACAAUUCACGACUUUCCCGCGAGCAAAUAUUGCUAGAAUCGCAAUCGUCUUAACAUCCUCAUCGGAAAGGUAAUUUUAUAAAUAUAAUAAUAGCGCUUCAUUCACGACAAAUAAUUAUCAUUGGAUUGAAAAAAUAAUCAAAAUUCGUCAGAGAUUUUGUUCAAGAGAAAAAUUCAUAAUUAUUCAAACAGAAGCUGACAAAUUCGCUUGAUUGAGUCAUAACGGCAGACAGUCACUCGAGCCUUUAUCAUUCGAGUCAACAAGAUCUCUUUCCUCUUAAUAAUAGAAUACAGCCUAGUACUAGGAUUCUUCAGGCCGGUAGAGUCCUAAUAAACUAUUAGAUAAUGAUAAACACGUGCCGAACCUUACAAAAUAUCACAAAAAAGUAAAUGGCGUGUUGGAACUUUUUCGACAGCUCUCAGUCCUUCUAAAAGUCUAAAAAGCUUUUAGCCUGAAACUUUGUUAAUAUGAUAACAAAAACUCGCUGAAAGAACAAAAUGCAGCCAUGCAUGUUGGUCCAUUAUAAAAUUGAGAGAACUUUCAAAACAAGAAUAAAUGAAGAAAAUGGAAUCAAAAUGAUGAUCAAACCUAAGUGUGAAAUUACCUUCAGAACAAAAAUUGGAUUUUGAUUUUGAGAAAUUGUUUCCCUUUCAGAUAUUUUUUUUCGAUCGAAUCUGAUGCCUUUAUGAGGAGGCUCAAAAGAAAAAAACGGAAUAAACUUUUUUCAAGCGAUUUUUCGCAUUUUGAAAAUAUUAUUUCUCGGCUUUUAAAUAAUAAUUUAACUAAGGCUUUAUACAGAAAAAAACUUUAUCGAAAACCAAACAAAAUUUUUUCAACCUGGAGGAUAUUGAAACAUUUUUUUUUGUGAUCCGGGUUCGUGUAUUUCUAGGAGAAAGCUUUUUGGAAAGAAUGUUUACUACUGCUCUUUUUGAAGCUAAGAACAAAUCUAGGUUUGAAGUUUGAGGUUCACAAUCGUGAACUGACGGAGAAAAUGUGAAAAAUCAGUUAUUCGAAAGAUUCAGCUUCUGUAGUUAACCAACCUUUGAGAAUUCUUUUUUUUUUCAGGUACCCCGAGACCGGCGACAUCGAGUUCUUCUACGUUGACCCGCAAACUUCAGACGCAGAUGAAGUCAUCGCGAGAAUCGAAAAAGCCUGCAAACAAGGCUUGUUAGACCUUCCUCAAGAUGCGACGAAAACCGUGGAAGACAGCAAAGUGAAGCCAACAACUCUUCCAGUUAUUGUAAGUCAGAAAGGGAUACCGUUGCCAACAGACUCGGCUGGGAACUACCUUGACAGCAACGGUGACAUAAUCGAGACAGAAAAUGGUGCACCGAAACCUCUCGAAGGCCAAGAAAUACAGAAAAACGAAAAGGGCGAAUGGGUGUACCCGCUGCUCGACAGAACCGGCAAACCAGUACCAGUCGAUUCGAAAAACAAUCCGAAACUGACAAUAACUGAUGAGCAGGGUCGUCAGAUUGAGAGCAGCGACGAUGGAAAGUUCAUAGAUUUGGAUGGCAACACUUUGGACACCGAUGAGUAUGGCAGACCAAUAAACUUGCAAGGAGAGCCUUUCGACGUCAGCGAGAAUGGUGUCAUCACAGUUGAUGACCUCAACAACGUUCGUGAAAAAGUAGAACCAUCAACAACGGCUCCACAAAUUCCCUUCAUAAUUGUUGACGGAGAACCGAUCACAGAAGACGACGGCAAAUACUUUGACCAAGAUGGCAAUGAAAUACCGACAAACGAAGAAGGCAAGCCAGUCGAUCAGAAGGGAGCACCACUUCCCCAGAACAACGAAGGUCAAUAUUUGAUACCUGCGAAAUCAACCCCAAUGCCUAUUACGAUUGUGAAUCCCGACGGUUCCAUAGUUCCGAAAGAUAGUGAAGGCUCAAAUAUUGGAAUCGAUGGAAAACCAAUUCCCACAGAUUCAGCGGGACGACCGCUGGGCGAAGAUGGUUCUCCGCUUCCAACUGACGCUUCGAGCAACUACGUCAAUGUUCCUUCUGCGACUGAAACAAGCAAAGUUCUGCCAACUGAUGAAUCUGGAAACGUCAUCUAUCCUAUCACCAAGCCGGAUGGAUCUCCACUUCCAACUGACGCCAGUGGAAACUUCGUCACAGAAGAAGGCACAAUUGUUGAGAAGGACGACGAAGGCAAACCUCUCGGCCCUGACGGCCAAGUACUGCCAACAGACUCUGCUGGAAACUACAUCUUCCCUAUCAUUGGUCCAGAUGGCAGCGUCUUACCAACAGAUGAGAACAAGAAGCCAAUCUAUCCUGUAGUCGGACCGGAUGGAACUCCUCUGCCUACAGAUGCCAGUGGAGCUGCGAUCGGAGUUGAUGGAAAACCAAUUCCCACAGAUUCAGCGGGACGACCGCUGGGCGAAGACGGUUCUCCGCUUCCAACUGACGCUUCUGGCAACUACGUCAACGUUCCUUCUGCGACUGAAACAAGCAAAGUUCUGCCAACUGAUGAAUCUGGAAACGUCAUCUAUCCUAUCACCAAGCCGGAUGGAUCUCCACUUCCAACUGACGCCAGUGGAAACUUCGUCACAGAAGAAGGCACAAUUGUUGAGAAGGACGACGAAGGCAAACCUCUCGGCCCUGACGGCCAAGUACUGCCAACAGACUCUGCUGGAAACUACAUCUUCCCUAUCAUUGGUCCAGAUGGCAGCGUCUUGCCAACAGAUGAGAACAAGAAGCCAAUCUAUCCUGUAGUCGGACCGGAUGGAACUCCUCUGCCUACAGAUGCCAGUGGAGCUGCGAUCGGAGUUGAUGGAAAAACCAAUUCCCACAGAUUCAGCGGGACGACCGCUGGGCGAAGACGGUUCUCCGCUUCCAACUGACGCUUCUGGGCAACUACGUCAACGUUCCUUCUGCGACUGAAACAAGCAAAGUUCUGCCAACUGAUGAAUCUGGAAACGUCAUCUAUCCUAUCACCAAGCCGGAUGGAUCUCCACUUCCAACUGACGCCAGUGGAAACUUCGUCACAGAAGAAGGCACAAUUGUUGAGAAGGACGACGAAGGCAAACCUCUCGGCCCUGACGGCCAAGUACUGCCAACAGACUCUGCUGGAAACUACAUCUUCCCUAUCAUUGGUCCAGAUGGCAGCGUCUUGCCAACAGAUGAGAAUAAGAAGCCAAUCUAUCCUGUAGUCGGACCGGAUGGAACUCCUCUGCCUACAGAUGCCAGUGGAGCUGCAAUCGGAGUUGAUGGAAAACCAAUUCCCACAGAUUCAGCGGGACGACCGCUGGGCGAAGACGGUUCUCCGCUUCCAACUGACGCUUCUGGCAACUACGUCAACGUUCCUUCUGCGACUGAAACAAGCAAAGUUCUGCCAACUGAUGAAUCUGGAAACGUCAUCUAUCCUAUCACCAAGCCAGAUGGAUCUCCACUUCCAACUGACGCCAGUGGAAACUUCGUCACAGAAGAAGGCACAAUUGUUGAGAAGGACGACGAAGGCAAACCUCUCGGCCCUGACGGCCAAGUACUGCCAACAGACUCUGCUGGAAACUACAUCUUCCCUAUCAUUGGUCCAGAUGGCAGCGUCUUGCCAACAGAUGAGAACAAGAAGCCAAUCUAUCCUGUAGUCGGACCGGAUGGAACUCCUCUGCCUACAGAUGCCAGUGGAGCUGCGAUCGGAGUUGAUGGAAAAACCAAUUCCAACAGAUUCAGCCGGAAGACCUCUUGGAGAAGAUGGUUCUCCGCUUCCAACUGACGCUUCAGGCAACUACGUCAACGUUCCUUCUGCGACUGAAACAAGCAAAGUUCUGCCAACUGAUGAAUCUGGAAACGUCAUCUAUCCUAUCACCAAGCCGGAUGGAUCUCCACUUCCAACUGACGCCAGUGGAAACUUCGUCACAGAAGAAGGCACAAUUGUUGAGAAGGACGACGAAGGCAAACCUCUCGGCCCUGACGGCCAAGUACUGCCAACAGACUCUGCUGGAAACUACAUCUUCCCUAUCAUUGGUCCAGAUGGCAGCGUCUUGCCAACAGAUGAGAACAAGAAGCCAAUCUAUCCUGUAGUCGGACCGGAUGGAACUCCUCUGCCUACAGAUGCCAGUGGAGCUGCGAUCGGAGUUGAUGGAAAACCAAUUCCAACGGAUUCAGCCGGAAGACCUCUUGGAGAAGAUGGUUCUCCGCUUCCAACUGACGCUUCAGGCAACUACGUCAACGUUCCUUCUGCGACUGAAACAAGCAAAAGUUCUGCCAACUGAUGAAUCUGGAAACGUCAUCUAUCCUAUCACCAAGCCGGAUGGAUCUCCACUUCCAACUGACGCCAGUGGAAACUUCGUCACAGAAGAAGGCACAAUUGUUGAGAAGGACGACGAAGGCAAACCUCUCGGCCCUGACGGCCAAGUACUGCCAACAGACUCUGCUGGAAACUACAUCUUCCCUAUCAUUGGUCCAGAUGGCAGCGUCUUGCCAACAGAUGAGAACAAGAAGCCAAUCUAUCCUGUAGUCGGACCGGAUGGAACUCCUUUGCCGACAGAUGCCAGUGGAGCUGCGAUCGGCGUUGAUGGAAAACCAAUUCCAACGGAUUCAGCCGGAAGACCUCUUGGAGAAGAUGGUUCUCCGCUUCCAACUGACGCUUCAGGCAACUACGUCAACGUUCCUUCUGCGACUGAAACAAGCAAAGUUCUGCCAACUGAUGAAUCUGGAAACGUCAUCUAUCCUAUCACCAAGCCGGAUGGAUCUCCACUUCCAACUGACGCCAGUGGAAACUUCGUCACAGAAGAAGGCACAAUUGUUGAGAAGGACGACGAAGGCAAACCUCUCGGCCCUGACGGCCAAGUACUGCCAACAGACUCUGCUGGAAACUACAUCUUCCCUAUCAUUGGUCCAGAUGGCAGCGUCUUGCCAACAGAUGAGAACAAGAAGCCAAUCUAUCCUGUAGUCGGACCGGAUGGAACUCCUCUGCCUACAGAUGCCAGUGGAGCUGCGAUCGGCGUUGAUGGAAAAACCAAUUCCAACGGAUUCAGCCGGAAGACCUCUUGGAGAAGAUGGUUCUCCGCUUCCAACUGACGCUUCAGGCAACUACGUCAACGUUCCUUCUGCGACUGAAACAAGCAAAGUUCUGCCAACUGAUGAAUCUGGAAACGUCAUCUAUCCUAUCACCAAGCCGGAUGGAUCUCCACUUCCAACUGACGCCAGUGGAAACUUCGUCACAGAAGAAGGCACAAUUGUUGAGAAGGACGACGAAGGCAAACCUCUCGGCCCUGACGGCCAAGUACUGCCAACAGACUCUGCUGGAAACUACAUCUUCCCUAUCAUUGGUCCAGAUGGCAGCGUCUUGCCAACAGAUGAGAACAAGAAGCCAAUCUAUCCUGUAGUCGGACCGGAUGGAACUCCUCUGCCUACAGAUGCCAGUGGAGCUGCGAUCGGAGUUGAUGGAAAACCAAUUCCAACAGAUUCAGCCGGAAGACCUCUUGGAGAAGAUGGUUCUCCGCUUCCAACUGACGCUUCAGGCAACUACGUCAACGUUCCUUCUGCGACUGAAACAAGCAAAGUUCUGCCAACUGAUGAAUCUGGAAACGUCAUCUAUCCUAUCACCAAGCCGGAUGGAUCUCCACUUCCAACUGACGCCAGUGGAAACUUCGUCACAGAAGAAGGCACAAUUGUUGAGAAGGACGACGAAGGCAAACCUCUCGGCCCUGACGGCCAAGUACUGCCAACAGACUCUGCUGGAAACUACAUCUUCCCUAUCAUUGGUCCAGAUGGCAGCGUCUUGCCAACAGAUGAGAACAAGAAGCCAAUCUAUCCUGUAGUCGGACCGGAUGGAACUCCUCUGCCUACAGAUGCCAGUGGAGCUGCGAUCGGAGUUGAUGGAAAACCAAUUCCAACAGAUUCAGCUGGAAGACCUCUUGGAGAAGAUGGUUCUCCGCUUCCAACUGACGCUUCAGGCAACUACGUCAACGUUCCUUCUGCGACUGAAACAAGCAAAGUUCUGCCAACUGAUGAAUCUGGAAACGUCAUCUAUCCUAUCACCAAGCCGGAUGGAUCUCCACUUCCAACUGACGCCAGUGGAAACUUCGUCACAGAAGAAGGCACAAUUGUUGAGAAGGACGACGAAGGCAAACCUCUCGGCCCUGACGGCCAAGUACUGCCAACAGACUCUGCUGGAAACUACAUCUUCCCUAUCAUUGGUCCAGAUGGCAGCGUCUUGCCAACAGAUGAGAACAAGAAGCCAAUCUAUCCUGUAGUCGGACCGGAUGGAACUCCUCUGCCUACAGAUGCCAGUGGAGCUGCGAUCGGAGUUGAUGGAAAACCAAUUCCAACAGAUUCAGCCGGAAGACCUCUUGGAGAAGAUGGUUCUCCGCUUCCAACUGACGCUUCGGGCAACUACGUCAACGUUCCUUCUGCGACUGAAACAAGCAAAGUUCUGCCAACUGAUGAAUCUGGAAACGUCAUCUAUCCUAUCACCAAGCCGGAUGGAUCUCCACUUCCAACUGACGCCAGUGGAAACUUCGUCACAGAAGAAGGCACAAUUGUUGAGAAGGACGACGAAGGCAAACCUCUCGGCCCUGACGGCCAAGUACUGCCAACAGACUCUGCUGGAAACUACAUCUUCCCUAUCAUUGGUCCAGAUGGCAGCGUCUUGCCAACAGAUGAGAACAAGAAGCCAAUCUAUCCUGUAGUCGGACCGGAUGGAACUCCUCUGCCUACAGAUGCCAGUGGAGCUGCGAUCGGAGUUGAUGGAAAACCAAUUCCAACAGAUUCAGCUGGAAGACCUCUUGGAGAAGAUGGUUCUCCGCUUCCAACUGACGCUUCAGGCAACUACGUCAACGUUCCUUCUGCGACUGAAACAAGCAAAAGUUCUGCCAACUGAUGAAUCUGGAAACGUCAUCUAUCCUAUCACCAAGCCGGAUGGAUCUCCACUUCCAACUGACGCCAGUGGAAACUUCGUCACAGAAGAAGGCACAAUUGUUGAGAAGGACGACGAAGGCAAACCUCUCGGCCCUGACGGCCAAGUACUGCCAACAGACUCUGCUGGAAACUACAUCUUCCCUAUCAUUGGUCCAGAUGGCAGCGUCUUGCCAACAGAUGAGAACAAGAAGCCCAAUCUAUCCUGUAGUCGGACCGGAUGGAACUCCUCUGCCUACAGAUGCCAGUGGAGCUGCGAUCGGAGUUGAUGGAAAACCAAUUCCAACAGAUUCAGCCGGAAGACCUCUUGGAGAAGAUGGUUCUCCGCUUCCAACUGACGCUUCGGGCAACUACGUCAACGUUCCUUCUGCGACUGAAACAAGCAAAGUUCUGCCAACUGAUGAAUCUGGAAACGUCAUCUAUCCUAUCACCAAGCCGGAUGGAUCUCCACUUCCAACUGACGCCAGUGGAAACUUCGUCACAGAAGAAGGCACAAUUGUUGAGAAGGACGACGAAGGCAAACCUCUCGGCCCUGACGGCCAAGUACUGCCAACAGACUCUGCUGGAAACUACAUCUUCCCUAUCAUUGGUCCAGAUGGCAGCGUCUUGCCAACAGAUGAGAACAAGAAGCCAAUCUAUCCUGUAGUCGGACCGGAUGGAACUCCUCUGCCUACAGAUGCCAGUGGAGCUGCGAUCGGAGUUGAUGGAAAAACCAAUUCCAACAGAUUCAGCCGGAAGACCUCUUGGAGAAGAUGGUUCUCCGCUUCCAACUGACGCUUCAGGGCAACUACGUCAACGUUCCUUCUGCGACUGAAACAAGCAAAGUUCUGCCAACUGAUGAAUCUGGAAACGUCAUCUAUCCUAUCACCAAGCCGGAUGGAUCUCCACUUCCAACUGACGCCAGUGGAAACUUCGUCACAGAAGAAGGCACAAUUGUUGAGAAGGACGACGAAGGCAAACCUCUCGGCCCUGACGGCCAAGUACUGCCAACAGACUCUGCUGGAAACUACAUCUUCCCUAUCAUUGGUCCAGAUGGCAGCGUCUUGCCAACAGAUGAGAACAAGAAGCCAAUCUAUCCUGUAGUCGGACCGGAUGGAACUCCUCUGCCUACAGAUGCCAGUGGAGCUGCGAUCGGAGUUGAUGGAAAAACCAAUUCCAACAGAUUCAGCCGGAAGACCUCUUGGAGAAGAUGGUUCUCCGCUUCCAACUGACGCUUCGGGCAACUACGUCAACGUUCCUUCUGCGACUGAAACAAGCAAAAGUUCUGCCAACUGAUGAAUCUGGAAACGUCAUCUAUCCUAUCACCAAGCCGGAUGGAUCUCCACUUCCAACUGACGCCAGUGGAAACUUCGUCACAGAAGAAGGCACAAUUGUUGAGAAGGACGACGAAGGCAAACCUCUCGGCCCUGACGGCCAAGUACUGCCAACAGACUCUGCUGGAAACUACAUCUUCCCUAUCAUUGGUCUAGAUGGCAGCGUCUUGCCAACAGAUGAGAACAAGAAGCCAAUCUAUCCUGUAGUCGGACCGGAUGGAACUCCUCUGCCUACAGAUGCCAGUGGAGCUGCGAUCGGAGUUGAUGGAAAACCAAUUCCAACAGAUUCAGCCGGAAGACCUCUUGGAGAAGAUGGUUCUCCGCUUCCAACUGACGCUUCGGGCAACUACGUCAACGUUCCUUCUGCGACUGAAACAAGCAAAGUUCUGCCAACUGAUGAAUCUGGAAACGUCAUCUAUCCUAUCACCAAGCCGGAUGGAUCUCCACUUCCAACUGACGCCAGUGGAAACUUCGUCACAGAAGAAGGCACAAUUGUUGAGAAGGACGACGAAGGCAAACCUCUCGGCCCUGACGGCCAAGUACUGCCAACAGACUCUGCUGGAAACUACAUCUUCCCUAUCAUUGGUCCAGAUGGCAGCGUCUUGCCAACAGAUGAGAACAAGAAGCCAAUCUAUCCUGUAGUCGGACCGGAUGGAACUCCUCUGCCUACAGAUGCCAGUGGAGCUGCGAUCGGAGUUGAUGGAAAAACCAAUUCCAACAGAUUCAGCUGGAAGACCUCUUGGAGAAGAUGGUUCUCCGCUUCCAACUGACGCUUCAGGCAACUACGUCAACGUUCCUUCUGCGACUGAAACAAGCAAAGUUCUGCCAACUGAUGAAUCUGGAAACGUCAUCUAUCCUAUCACCAAGCCGGAUGGAUCUCCACUUCCAACUGACGCCAGUGGAAACUUCGUCACAGAAGAAGGCACAAUUGUUGAGGAGGACGACGAAGGCAAACCUCUCGGCCCUGACGGCCAAGUACUGCCAACAGACUCUGCUGGAAACUACAUCUUCCCUAUCAUUGGUCCAGAUGGCAGCGUCUUGCCAACAGAUGAGAACAAGAAGCCAAUCUAUCCUGUAGUCGGACCGGAUGGAACUCCUCUGCCUACAGAUGCCAGUGGAGCUGCGAUCGGAGUUGAUGGAAAACCAAUUCCAACGGAUUCAGCCGGAAGACCUCUUGGAGAAGAUGGUUCUCCGCUUCCAACUGACGCUUCAGGCAACUACGUCAACGUUCCUUCUGCGACUGAAACAAGCAAAGUUCUGCCAACUGAUGAAUCUGGAAACGUCAUCUAUCCUAUCACCAAGCCGGAUGGAUCUCCACUUCCAACUGACGCCAGUGGAAACUUCGUCACAGAAGAAGGCACAAUUGUUGAGAAGGACGACGAAGGCAAACCUCUCGGCCCUGACGGCCAAGUACUGCCAACAGACUCUGCUGGAAACUACAUCUUCCCUAUCAUUGGUCCAGAUGGCAGCGUCUUGCCAACAGAUGAAAACAAGAAGCCCAUUUAUCCUGUAGUCGGACCGGAUGGAACUCCUCUGCCUACAGAUGCCAGUGGAGCUGCGAUCGGAAUCGAUGGAAGACCGAUUCCAACAGAUUCAGCUGGACGACCUCUUGGAGAAGAUGGUUCUCCGCUUCCAACUGACGCUUCGGGCAACUACGUCAACGUUCCUUCUGCGACUGAAACAAGCAAAGUUCUCCCAACUGAUGAAUCUGGAAACGUCAUCUAUCCUAUCACCAAGCCGGAUGGAUCUCCACUUCCAACUGACGCCAGUGGAAACUUCGUCACAGAAGAAGGCACAAUUGUUGAGAAGGACGACGAAGGCAAACCUCUCGGCCCUGACGGCCAAGUACUGCCAACAGACUCUGCUGGAAACUACAUCUUCCCUAUCAUUGGUCCAGAUGGCAGCGUCUUGCCAACAGAUGAGAACAAGAAGCCAAUCUAUCCUGUAGUCGGACCGGAUGGAACUCCUCUGCCUACAGAUGCCAGUGGAGCUGCGAUCGGAGUUGAUGGAAAACCAAUUCCAACAGAUUCAGCCGGAAGACCUCUUGGAGAAGAUGGUUCUCCGCUUCCAACUGACGCUUCGGGCAACUACGUCAACGUUCCUUCUGCGACUGAAACAAGCAAAGUUCUGCCAACUGAUGAAUCUGGAAACGUCAUCUAUCCUAUCACCAAGCCGGAUGGAUCUCCACUUCCAACUGACGCCAGUGGAAACUUCGUCACAGAAGAAGGCACAAUUGUUGAGAAGGACGACGAAGGCAAACCUCUCGGCCCUGACGGCCAAGUACUGCCAACAGACUCUGCUGGAAACUACAUCUUCCCUAUCAUUGGUCCAGAUGGCAGCGUCUUGCCAACAGAUGAAAAACAAGAAGCCCAUUUAUCCUGUAGUCGGACCGGAUGGAACUCCUCUGCCUACAGAUGCCAGUGGAGCUGCGAUCGGAGUUGAUGGAAAAACCAAUUCCAACGGAUUCAGCCGGAAGACCUCUUGGAGAAGAUGGUUCUGCGCUUCCAACUGACGCUUCGGGCAACUACGUCAACGUUCCUUCUGCGACUGAAACAAGCAAAGUUCUGCCAACUGAUGAAUCUGGAAACGUCAUCUAUCCUAUCACCAAGCCGGAUGGAUCUCCACUUCCAACUGACGCCAGUGAAAACUUCGUCACAGAAGAAGGCACAAUUGUUGAGGAGGACGACGAAGGCAAACCUCUCGGCCCUGACGGCCAAGUACUGCCAACAGACUCUGCUGGAAACUACAUCUUCCCUAUCAUUGGUCCAGAUGGCAGCGUCUUGCCAACAGAUGAAAACAAGAAGCCCAUUUAUCCUGUAGUCGGACCGGAUGGAACUCCUCUGCCUACAGAUGCCAGUGGAGCUGCGAUCGGAGUUGAUGGAAAACCAAUUCCAACGGAUUCAGCCGGAAGACCUCUUGGAGAAGAUGGUUCUCCGCUUCCAACUGACGCUUCAGGCAACUACGUCAACGUUCCUUCUGCGACUGAAACAAGCAAAGUUCUGCCAACUGAUGAAUCUGGAAACGUCAUCUAUCCUAUCACCAAGCCGGAUGGAUCUCCACUUCCAACUGACGCCAGUGGAAACUUCGUCACAGAAGAAGGCACAAUUGUUGAGAAGGACGACGAAGGCAAACCUCUCGGCCCUGACGGCCAAGUACUGCCAACAGACUCUGCUGGAAACUACAUCUUCCCUAUCAUUGGUCCAGAUGGCAGCGUCUUGCCAACAGAUGAAAACAAGAAGCCCAUUUAUCCUGUAGUCGGACCGGAUGGAACUCCUCUGCCUACAGAUGCCAGUGGAGCUGCGAUCGGAGUUGAUGGAAAACCAAUUCCAACAGAUUCAGCCGGAAGACCUCUUGGAGAAGAUGGUUCUCCGCUUCCAACUGACGCUUCGGGCAACUACGUCAACGUUCCUUCUGCGACUGAAACAAGCAAAGUUCUGCCAACUGAUGAAUCUGGAAACGUCAUCUAUCCUAUCACCAAGCCGGAUGGAUCUCCACUUCCAACUGACGCCAGUGGAAACUUCGUCACAGAAGAAGGCACAAUUGUUGAGAAGGACGACGAAGGCAAACCUCUCGGCCCUGACGGCCAAGUACUGCCAACAGACUCUGCUGGAAACUACAUCUUCCCUAUCAUUGGUCCAGAUGGCAGCGUCUUGCCAACAGAUGAGAACAAGAAGCCAAUCUAUCCUGUAGUCGGACCGGAUGGAACUCCUCUGCCUACAGAUGCCAGUGGAGCUGCGAUCGGAGUUGAUGGAAAACCAAUUCCAACAGAUUCAGCUGGAAGACCUCUUGGAGAAGAUGGUUCUCCGCUUCCAACUGACGCUUCAGGCAACUACGUCAACGUUCCUUCUGCGACUGAAACAAGCAAAGUUCUGCCAACUGAUGAAUCUGGAAACGUCAUCUAUCCUAUCACCAAGCCGGAUGGAUCUCCACUUCCAACUGACGCCAGUGGAAACUUCGUCACAGAAGAAGGCACAAUUGUUGAGGAGGACGACGAAGGCAAACCUCUCGGCCCUGACGGCCAAGUACUGCCAACAGACUCUGCUGGAAACUACAUCUUCCCUAUCAUUGGUCUAGAUGGCAGCGUCUUGCCAACAGAUGAGAACAAGAAGCCAAUCUAUCCUGUAGUCGGACCGGAUGGAACUCCUCUGCCUACAGAUGCCAGUGGAGCUGCGAUCGGAGUUGAUGGAAAACCAAUUCCAACGGAUUCAGCCGGAAGACCUCUUGGAGAAGAUGGUUCUCCGCUUCCAACUGACGCUUCAGGCAACUACGUCAACGUUCCUUCUGCGACUGAAACAAGCAAAGUUCUGCCAACUGAUGAAUCUGGAAACGUCAUCUAUCCUAUCACCAAGCCGGAUGGAUCUCCACUUCCAACUGACGCCAGUGGAAACUUCGUCACAGAAGAAGGCACAAUUGUUGAGAAGGACGACGAAGGCAAACCUCUCGGCCCUGACGGCCAAGUACUGCCAACAGACUCUGCUGGAAACUACAUCUUCCCUAUCAUUGGUCUAGAUGGCAGCGUCUUGCCAACAGAUGAGAACAAGAAGCCAAUCUAUCAUGUAGUCGGACCGGAUGGAACUCCUCUGCCUACAGAUGCCAGUGGAGCUGCGAUCGGAGUUGAUGGAAAAACCAAUUCCAACAGAUUCAGCCGGAAGACCUCUUGGAGAAGAUGGUUCUCCGCUUCCAACUGACGCUUCGGGCAACUACGUCAACGUUCCUUCUGCGACUGAAACAAGCAAAGUUCUGCCAACUGAUGAAUCUGGAAACGUCAUCUAUCCUAUCACCAAGCCGGAUGGAUCUCCACUUCCAACUGACGCCAGUGGAAACUUCGUCACAGAAGAAGGCACAAUUGUUGAGAAGGACGACGAAGGCAAACCUCUCGGCCCUGACGGCCAAGUACUGCCAACAGACUCUGCUGGAAACUACAUCUUCCCUAUCAUUGGUCCAGAUGGCAGCGUCUUGCCAACAGAUGAGAACAAGAAGCCAAUCUAUCCUGUAGUCGGACCGGAUGGAACUCCCUCUGCCUACAGAUGCCAGUGGAGCUGCGAUCGGAGUUGAUGGAGAACCAGUUCCAACAGAUUCAGCUGGACGACCGCUUGGAGAAGACGGUUCUGUGCUUCCAACAGAUACUACAGGCAAUUUCGUAACUGUGCCCAGUGAAGGCGCAGCAACAAGACCGCACCCUACAGAUUCUUUCGGGAACGUCGUUUUGCCAGUCGUGAAUAUCCAUGGAAUUCUUCUGCCAACUGACUCAACUGGAAGGCACAUCACUGAAGAUGGAAAAGUGGUAGAGGUCAAUAACGAUGGUCUGCCACUGGGUCCAGAUAGUCAAGUUUUACCAACUGACAACGCUGAGCACUAUGUUUAUCCAUUCGUUGGUCCUGAUGGAAGCCCGAUUCCUACGGAUAUCAACAAGCGGCCAAUUUACCCCGUAAUCGGUAGAGAAGGCACGCUCCUGCCAACCGAAACAUCUGGUCGCCCUGUCAAGUUUGACGGCAAUGUGGUCCCCACUGACACUUCUGGAGUACCACUCGAUGGUUAUGGAUCGGUCCUUCCAACAGAUAGUUCACGGCGUUACACCUUGGUGCCUUCGCGCAGGCCUUCAGCCUUCUGCUACGUCUCUUCGCACAUCGACCUGCUACUUGUCGUCGACGCCUCGAACCACAUCAAGGUGCUCGACUACCGUGUCAUGAAAGAGCUUCUCAAGAACUUCCUCACCGAUCAUUUCGACCUGGCUCCUCACAAGGCGAGCUUUCAUUACUGCUAACACUCCUUUCAACUUGUAGAUUUCAGGUACGCGUCGGUUUGAUCAAGUACGGAGAAGAAGUGAACGUGCCAGUGUCACUCGGAGACUACGACACGGACGAAGAGUUGCUCAACCGCAUCAGCGAGUCUCGGCGCGUGAAAGGGGCCGCGAACCUUGGCGCCGCUCUGCGUGAAGCCGUUGGAGAAUUCGCCAUUUCUGGAGUUGAAGGCGUUCCGCGCGUUGUGCUCUUGAUCAAGAACGGCGAAGCCAGGUUAAUAUAUCAUCAUCAAAGAGAAGUAUUCGAAAAGCCGAUGGUACACGAUACCACAAAUUUCCUUCGAAACUUGAAAACUUGAUAAUCAAACAUUUUGAGGUGUCAAAAAAUAAACAUUCUUAUGUAGAAAGAUUUAAUUUUCUAAAGAAAUUCAAGAUUUUGUCAGAUCUGAAAUUUCUAGUCAUCUCUAGACGCCGCCAAUGCUUUGCUGAACUACUCGGAAAAAAUAAAACCGAAAUUUCAAGUCCCUCGUCUAAAACCCUUCUGAAAGAGCAAAAAUUCCCAACGACGACUACCUCAAUCGAAAAACUUACAAUGAUUCGAAACUCUUAAAAUAACUCAACUUGAAAAAAACUUUUGAAAAGAAACAAACUUCCUGACGCGAAAAAACAAAACGAAAAUUUCCAGCGACGACUACCUAGCUGCCGCCAAGGCACUGAAGUCCGACUCCAACGCGAAUCUGUUCAUCGUCGAGGCUGGAGACAACGAAAGUCAAGACCAAAGCAGGGAAAUCACCGACUCGGACAAAAUCGUUUCGAUUGACCAGUGGAGAGGAUCCAAUUCGGAGCAACUUGGCCCUAUCGCUGACAUUAUUUGCAAAGUAUUAUUCUAUAGGAAUUCGAAAAGUUAUUCGCAUUUUUCAGCUUUAUCCUAACGUCGACACCAGCAGAACUUGGCCUCAAAGACACAAGGCCACCACUCCCAGCGGAGUCGGCCGCGUUUGCACCAAGAUCGAUUAUGAGGUACAAAUCCCAUUCUCAUACUUUUUACCACAACAAAUCAUUAUUUUAUAAGUUCUCAUGAAAUGUGAUUAAAUUGAAAAAAAGACUGUGAAAAAAACGAGUUAGAAAAAAUUUUCCAGGGGGAAACGAGAAAAAUUGGUCAUCUCAAGCUUAAUUUUUUUUCUUGGUUUUAUGUUCUUUUUUUGGAUCAAUUUCUGUUUUUCGUACGUAUUGUUUUUAUACGUUCCGAAUGCACCAGGAAGAGUAUUAAUAUCAAAAAAAUCAUUUUUUUCUCGUUUAAAGUAAAUCUCCAUGAUACAACUAUCAACAUAAAAAAAAUUCUAUCAAAAUUCAGAAUUUUUAAACAAAGAAAAUAGUCGAAACUAAAAGAUUUUUGCUAGUUAAACUUGCCAAAAGAUUAUGUUAAAUAAAAAAUGACGUACCAGGCCGACGUUGUUGUCGUGCUGGACUCGUCGGAGAACUUCUCCAACGACGAGUUCGUGGCGAUGAAAGAGAGCGUCGCGGGGUUGGUCGACGACGGUUUCGACCUCGCUCCAGACGUCGCUCGCAUCGGAUUCGUCAUCUACAGGUUCAAGAAUUAUACUUAAAAUUUUCAAGCUUUGUUUACAGUGACAAGGUGGCUGUUCCGGUGGCUUUGGGCCAUUACGACGACAAAAUCGAAUUGAUGGAGAAGAUCCUCGAUACCGAAAAGAUCAACGAUGGCGUCGCCAUCGCCCUGUACGGCCUCAACGCGGCUAGGCAGCAAUUCCAGGUAUUUUGACCCUAAAAACACACAAUUUCAAUUUCAACUUUAAGCUUCACGGACGCGAAAACGCAACACGAUUGGUUAUUCUUAUCACGAGCGGUAGAAACAGGUGAGAAAUAAGUUUUUAGACUCAGUUUGAAUACAUCUAAAAUUGAGAAUAGUCGACUUGGUUUUUCGGUAGCCAUUUUUCAAAAUAUCUAAUCUCCAAAAAUAAAAAAAUAAAAAAAUUGAAAAAGUUUUCAGAAAAAAAUAAUUUUUUUCAGUUUUUGGAAACAGAGCUGCUCCAAUGUAAAGCUUCUGAGCUCUUGAGUGGAGUUAUCGAUCGAUUUUUCUUUAGUGAUUUUUUUUUCAUGCCGUGUUCAAAGUAAUUUCCGCGAAAUGCAAAAUACCCGUUAGAGAAAGGAAAAGAUCACUAAAUUUUGGAGAGUCAGAGAUCAUUUUGCAUUUCGCGGAAAUUACUUUGAACACGGCAUCAUUUUCAUCGAUCUAUUCCUCUUUUCUCUUCUUUUAGGUGCAAUUUUCUUAUUCUUUUUCGAUGAUUUAUAUUAGUUUUAAUUUUAUCGAUUAUCAGUUGAGAAUUUGAAAACUGUGAGCGGUUCCCAUUUGUCGAAAAAGUUCUUUUUGGCUCCUUCUUCAACUUUUUGUUGUAUUUCAGAGGAAAUGCUGCUGCCGCGGCGGAAGAUCUUCGAGACAUGUACGGCGUUCAACUAUUCGUCAUCGCUGUCGGUUCCAACAACGAAGAACUUUCCUCUCUACGACGUCUCACUGGUUUCAAUGACCAACUAUUAUAAUGAAAAAAAAAACUUGUUGAAGGAUCGGAGAACCAUGUGAUGAAAGUUGCAAGCUCGCACGAUAUUGACGAUGAAUUGUCGACGAUUACAAAGAAUUUGUGCGGUUCUACGAUGCCGGUUUCAACGCCAACCGUUGAGCCAAUGCACAGAAGUACCAGGCGCGACGUUGAAUCUCAGAAGUCCGUAUAGAUUUCGUUUUCCGAAACUUUCUUUUGAAUAACCAGUUUCUAAUCUGUUUUCAAAUAGACAUACUUUGAUUUUUUUUUUUUCGAAAUUUUUGACGCUAAAGUUAACCGUUAUACGACUAUACCAUUCACAUACUAUUUCCUAUGGUGAAAAUUUACCGCCUAGCAAUUUCCUUUUGACUUGAACAACGUAUUUUUGCAAACUUGCUCCAAAUAUCUAAUAUAAACAUUUAGAUUCACGACGGCUCCAGCCAGAAGAACUACGCGCGCCGUCUCCUCUGGUCUUUGCAACAACGGCGUCCGAAGACCUUAUCACUUCAACAUCCUGGUCGACGUCACCACCAGAUCGGCUCCAGAAGUCUUCCGCAGCGUUCUCGACCAGCUCUCGGCCUUUUUCACUGAUCGCUUCAGAGAUGAGCCUGAAAUGGCUAGGUUUACCUGAAAACUUGAGCUCAUCUAUUUUGUGACUUUCAGUUUCAACGUGAUGACGGUGAACAGCGAGAAAGUUCAAGGGGUUCUGCCGUUGUUGAGCCUCGCCGAUUUGGAAGAACAGAUGGCCAGCGUCGGGCAAAUGAAGUAGGAUUGAUAAUUCUGGGUCUAUAGAAGUUCAGCUCAGGGAACACAUAAAUUUUGAGCCCAAGAAUUUUUGGCCUCCGGUUGAACUUUUGGUGAAAACUGGCCGAAGAUAACAUGAAAAAAAAUUUUCGCGGUAUAUUUUUUUCAAACUGCAAUGAUUCUGAAGUACGUAAAUUACGGUGUAAAGGCGUUAUUCGAUUUUUUUUUUGCUUUUUGUUAUCUGUAACCCUGAAUCUGAGUGUUUGAUUAUUUAGUGGAAAGGUAGAAGUUCUGAGCUGAAUUUUUAUACACCCACUGCAAUUUAAAAAAAUAUAUAUGUAAAUUUAUAGUGACGACACGAUUUCGGCGAAACUUGGUACUGGAAUCGACGCCCUGGUCGAUCUUUCCAAUGAGAAUUAUGUCUCUGGAGCCCUGAAGAUCAUGAUCAUCGUCAGUGCCGACGGAACAUCUAGGUAUCCAUUCCAACCUGAGCAUCCUAAUCAAUCUCAUUUUCAGCGAUGAGGCUGUCCCGGCGGCCGAGAACGCCGUUGGCGACUACCAGCACAACAUUAUUGGAGUUUCGAUUCGUGAACCCGCCACGGACAUUUUGUCGAAGAUUGUUGGAUCUCCAACUCGGUAGGAUAUCAGGCUGGAAAAAAAAUAUAGGGCUCACAAGUUGAUUCAUCUUUAGAGUUAUUAUUCAGGGGGACAUUUUUACUUAAAACGAGCUGAAAAAUACAGUUUCAAGUGAUUUUUUUUUUAUAGGAACGUCCAAUGUUUGCAUUGAACUCAGCUUAUCAACUGCCCUUUUCGUCGUUUUUUGUGGAGUUACCAAUAAAAUUCAGUAUUUUUGGAUUUAUGAUGAGUUCAAUAUUAGUAAUGUACAAACUUUUCACUCCCGUCUUUUGAAAAAUUUAGAUUUUUUUUAAAUGUAGCCAUAGAUACACUAUAACAAGUUUGAGCCUUAGGCAGGAAGUGUUAACUUCGAUUUAGUCUAAUUUAGGCUUUUUGUUUUUUUGGAGCUGUCAUUUGACUUUUUUAAUUGAAAACUUGAGAACAUAACUGCCAAAUUUACUUCAUAUUUCAAAAUUUUGAAAGUUUCGGGCAAAAAACCAUGAAUACGAUUAACUCAUACCUAACUCAUAAUUUAUUUAUAGUAAGCUUUAAAAUUUUACAGAGUGAUCAACCUUGUCGAUUGGUCGGCCAACGAUCUUUUCACCGGCUGGCUGACCUAUUCGAUCUGCGACUACGCUUCAGCGACAACUACCAAAAAGGCUACGACCCCGAAAAUGACGACUUUCAAGCCGACUGGUUGGAGAUGUUCAAAAUAAGUGAAAUAAGGAAAUAUUUCAGGACGCGAUGCUUCGCGAGUCGACGCCACCAACAUUGAAGUCGUCCCGCUUUCCCCAUCAUCUCUGUCUGUUUCCUGGACCUGCUGUACUAACAACAAAUCGGUUUCGAAUGAAACAUUUGUCAAAAUUAAUGGAGAAAAUCCUAUUCAGAAUUACACGAUCCUCUACACGCACGACACGAAGAUCCCCAAGAAGAAGUGGCAAAAAAUGGUCGCCACUUGCCGAGACAGCUUUGGAACACCCAUCAAGGUUCAAAUUUAGGAAGAAAAACUGAAAAUUAAGGAAAAAAAAGUUUAGGACCUCCCAACUGACCACGACUACACGGUUUGUGUCAUGACGACGUCCAGAGUUGAAAAUGAAACGGCUCUGGAAAUCGAUAACAACUGCGAGACGGUUCAUCUCGACUUGAGUGAGUUUCAGAAAAACUCAAAGGGGUGGAAAAAUGAUGGUACAAGGAUUUUGUGGGAUAACCUCGAGCAAAAAAGAAGUAUCUUGGCGCAAAACGAGGAAAUUUAAUUUUUCAGUUUUUUGUGAAUUCAUUGAAGUUUGAAAAGUCCAUUUAUACCUGAAAAGUGCUGAUUUUACACGAAAUUUUGUACUGAGAGAUCUAAAAAUGGCAUUGAAAUUGAAAUUUUCAUCGUUUUUCUGAAUUAUUGGGUUUUCCGAAAAAUGAAAGUUCAAAAAAUGUUACGUAUAAUUUUUGCACAUUUCCGUAGUUUUUGAAUUUUUUGGAAGCUUCAAACGUUAGAACGUAUUAAAAUUGAGAAGUAGAGAGUUUUUUUCUUCUCUGAACGUCUUCUCGUUUAUAGGGGCUCUUUAGAUUUCCUAAGAUUCGUACAAAGAUUCAGAAAAAGGAACGAGAAUUCAGAAAUUUAACACUUUUUUUCUCAAAUUUCAAACAUGCUGGCCUAUAAACGCUAAUGCGUGAUAAUUUUGCGAAACGGGUGCUUUUGCCGAUAACCCGAUAUUUUUCAACGAUUGGGGUGAUCCCCUGGACCUAAACGGAAGCUCAGAGCGUAAAUUGGCGUGCGCGGCUAAAAUUUGCGUUUCGGUGCUCGGCUGUAGCAUCCGCGGGUUCUACUGGCCAACAUGAGAGAUAAUUCUCGUGUAUUUUGGGAAAAAUAAAUUGAUUGAUAGUGCCUCUGUUUGCAGAUUCGACCAUGCCUGACGACUACGCAGCCCCGAAGACGUCAAGCUGCAACUGCCAGUGCACGGGAGGAGAAGCCGUCCUGCGAGCGACCUGCGACAUCGUCAUCGACCCCAGCCGGCCAGUCUCGACCCUCCCGCCGGCGACAACCGAAGAAUGUCCUUGCAAGGUCAAGGCGCACGGCGGAAGAUGCCCCAAGGGCUACAUCUUCAAGGACGGACAAUGCUUUGGUUGGAAAGGAUUAUGAAGAUAGAAUAAUGAAGGAGCUGUGCAGAUCUUGACGAGUGUGCGGCGAGCAACGGCGGCUGCUCCCACGGCUGCGUCAACACUCCCGGGUCCUUCUACUGCGCCUGUCCGCACGGACUGAUGCGUGAUCCGCUCGAUCCUUUCGUUUGCAUCAACACCGCCAACUCGUGAGUCUAUCUUGGCCGUGUUCAAAGUGGAUGAGGCGUGAAAAAUUCCAGUUUUUUCGAUUGGGGGCUGAAUGAAAUUUGAGGGCUCUACCUUAUUCUAGAAUCCGCUCUUUGCCCACAGUGCUAAAGGGGGGUUAAUUUGAAAUGCCUAAGAAAUCUUCAAAAAAAUCCCCCCGUCCGUCCGUCCGAAAAAAAGCCCUCCUCGAGACAAAUUCCGAUUUGUUAGAGAUAGAAUCAAAGAAUUUUUGACAGGGGGGCUUUAUAUCUUAUUUAACCCUCCCCCCUACAUUGCUGAAAAGGGGGGGGGGUUAGGAUGCCUGGUCAAUGUUCAAAAAAAAAAACCCUCCUCUUUUUUUUCGACAUUUUGUAGGGCCUAAGUUUUCAAACGGCUCUUAGAAAUGCCUAUUUGUAGUGUUUCGUGUGAAUUUAGACUAGUACAACGUCAAUUUUGGAACUUCUAAAAUCCAUUCGAAUAUGGCAAGAAGCUCUAAUAUAUUAACACCGUAAAAUUAUUGUCCCGACCUUUUGGGGCAAUUUUGAAGCCGAAAUUUUCAUUCUGCGAAAUUUGAAUCGAGGAGCCGUUUUGAGAGCCUAAAAGUGGUUAUUUUCGAAAUUGACGAGAAAAUGCGAAUUUUUCUCAUUUUGUGAAAGAUUUCGGAAGACAAGCUUAUGCUUGAAAAGCUGUCAAUAACGUUAUCAUUUCUCUUAUUCGCUUAAAGGUUCUUUUUGACAGCCUAGCUGGAAAUAACAGCUGUAAAUAAAAAAAUAUGAUUUUAGAUUCGACAAGAUUGCCCAAUUGCUGGCCAACUACCUUCAAUCCAGCGUCGACGGCAAAAAGGCCCAAUUAACUUCACAAAAAGAAGGCGAAAAGACCAACUACAAGGUGGGAUCCCCUAUUUUCUGAGCCAAUCUGAACCUCAUUUUUCAGGCGACGAUUCGCUCCGAUGACAACAAAACGAUCACUUUCGAGUGGUCUUCCGUGCCAGCCGCCAUUCGCCGAGCCUUCAAAUGGCUCUUCUAA